GCCACGAGGCAGCGUCGAGACUGGAUCGCUGGGACGGAGCGAAUGGAUGAUGUCAACGACGUCGCGGGUGUAGAGCGCGCGCGCGUUCGCACGUUGUCCUCGACGCCCAUUUUCUUUUCUUCUUGACGCCCUCGCCGAUCUCGACGCUCGUGCUUCUUGAGUAAUAUACCCCAUGCAUGCCAAUCCCCCGUAUCCGGGGCCCACCCCGCAGUACGGCCAAGCGUACGGCCAGCCCAACUACGCGCCGCCCAAUGGCUACGGGCAGCCCGCGUAUGGGCAACAGCCGGCCUACGGGCAGCCCGCCUACGGCGACUUCAAGUCGCCGUAUGAAGGAGAGCGCUUCAAGCCCAAGAAGACCGUUAAUGACAUCUUUUUCCUGAUCUUCUUCAUCGCCCAGCUGCUGGGUUUUGCGGCCCUGUCUGGGCUGGCGAUCAAUUCAUGGAUCAAGGAGGGAGGACUCGGUGGCGGGCUGGGAAGCAAUACAUCGGGAUCCUCUGUUACGUUGAAUGAACACACGCUCUAUCUGCUUCUCUUCGUGACGGCGGCGGCGCUGGUCCUCUCGACAGCCUAUCUUCUUCUCGUGCGCAUGUUCACGAGGAUGAUCAUGCACAUUACGCUCAUCCUGUCCAUUGCGCUCAACAUCGGCGUGGCAGUCUAUUACUGGAUCACCAAGUAUUACUCUGGGGCUAUCAUUUUCACGAUCAUCGCGGUCCUGUCCCUUCUCGCAUACGCUGGUUUCAAAUCGCGCAUACCGCUUGCAUCGCUGCUCUUGCAGGUUGUAAUGGACGUCGCGAAGCAUCACAAGAGCGUCUAUGUGGUCGCAUUCAUAUCACUCUUCCUCCAGGCGGCUCUUGCUGUGUGGUAUACCUUCACUGUGUUGGCCACAUACGCAAAAUGGACGCCAGGAAGCAGCGCCUGUGCGACGACCUCGUGCUCGUCCGGAAAAGUCGCAGGGCUCAUCUUCUUCGAGACCUUCUCGUUUCUCUGGACCUCGCAGGUCAUCGGCAAUGUCGCAUUGGCGACAGUGGCAGGCGGACCGUUCGGGUGCUGGUACUACUUUGGUCCACGGCAGCAAGGCGAUAUGCCCGCCCAUCCCACUCGUUCGGCAUUUGUACGCGCGUCGACGACUUCGCUGGGCUCCAUCGCCUUUGGGUCCUUGAUCGUCACGCUCUUGGAAAUUCUUAGGAUGAUCCUGAAUGCGCUACGCAACAACGCAGCUCAGGAUGGUAGCCCGGUUGAGGCGUGUCUCUAUUGCUGUGCUGCUUGCUUCGUGGGAUGCAUCGAGGGCAUGGUGGAAUACUUCAACAGAUAUGCGUACAUCGAGAUCGCGUUAUACGGCAAGGGGUAUUUACCUGCCGCGAAGGAUACCUGGAGGCUGUUCAAGGACAGAGGCAUCGACGCCUUGAUUAAUGACUCCCUGGUCGGCAUGACGCUCAAUUGGGGCGCCUACGCCGUGGGGAUGUUGUGCUCCCUCUUCGCAUAUCUCUACCUCAGGUUCACUCAUCCGUCGUACAAUACCGAUGGGCAGUACACGGCGCCUGUCCUUCUCUUCGCGUUCUUGAUAGGUCUUCAGUGUUCUUUGACACUCUCAUCUGCCAUCGAAGCAGGAGUAUCUACCAUCUUUGUGGGUCUCGGGGAGGACCCGCAGGUGCUGGCGACGAGGGCUCCCGAACUUUUUGCUUUGAUCGCGUCCAGAUACCCACAGGUUGUUCGCGGGGUGCCGAACGUCUAGGACAAGCUAUACCAACUGUUAUACCAAUGCGUCUACGAUACGAUACGAGCAAUACACGAUCUUCGUCCAGGGUGACCCUGUGGCCAAUGGAGGACUGAAGUGGACCCUCGGAACCGUCGCCUCCACGGAGGGUUGCCUGACCUGGGUGUGGCGCUGUGGGUGCGACAUGGGGGAUCAGACUUGGUCGACGUUGGGCGUCAUCGCGUCACGCGGCGACAACCGCCUCCGCGACAAG